AUGAGCAACGGCGGGGAGAGCCUGGCAACAAUAGACGAUGAUGCUGAAGACACCGGUACCCCGAGACGACCUACCCUUCAAGCACAAUUUCUCAAUCUGCGCAAGCAGGAGGAGAGCUCAUCCCCCGCCACAAAUGGGCACGACGACGCCGACAAGGAUGAACGGGCUCCGAUUGAAAGAACGACUAGCGACGCUGGGCUGAACGGCAGUCUUGGAGACAACCUGAACAUCAAAACUGCCCGAUCAUUGUCUACACCAGGCCCGCUCAAGUCCCCAAGCCUUUCGCUGAAUCUACCACCCGGCACCGCCUCCGGUUUGGAAGCAGGCCCUGCAGAGGAGCCACGACCGGUGAACUGGGACUUGUGGCAGAGUGUCGUAUGCGAAGGGCCUGCCGCCGUCGCGCGUACCAGCGGCGAGGAACUCAAUCAAGCCAUAGCAUCUGGCAUUCCGGCCGCAAUCCGGGGAGUCGUUUGGCAGGUCCUAGCAGACAGCAAAAGUCCCGAGAUGGAAGAUCUGUACCGAACGUUGAAAGCUCGAGGCACAGCCGCGGACGUAGAACAGCAACAACAGCAAAGACCGGCGCCAGUUUCCCGACAAGCCUCACAAAGUGUGCUCUUCAACACUACGGAGCCGCCCGAAAAGGACUGGGAAGUGGCUUCUUCGAAAUCCAGCGUGCAUUCUGAACACUCCACCCCAGCAACGUCUACCUUGCCGAGCCAAACGAGUCCGCCGCCCUCCGUCAUCGGCGAUGAUGCAGAUGCGCAGGCGCGUGCGAAGGCACUGGCGGAGCAGAACAAGCAAGAAGCCGCUGCUUUGACAAAGCUAGAGAAGGCCAUCCGGCGCGAUCUCGGCUCGCGAACGUCAUUUAGUAAGUACGCGCAGGCCGCCGGACUGCAAGACGGCCUAUUCGGCUUGUGCAAGGCAUAUGCCCUUCUCGACGAUGCCGUCGGCUAUCCUCAGGGCGUCAACUUCAUCGCCAUGCCAUUGCUGUUCAACAUGACAGAGGAGGAAGCAUUCACUCUGCUCGUGCGGCUGAUGAGCAAAUACGACGUCCGAAGCAUGUUCACCGGCGACCUCUCCGGCCUGCACCUACGCCUCUACCAAUUCGAGCGACUACUGGAAGACCGUGAUCCAGCACUCUACUGCCACCUCCGGCGACGCAACGUCGGCCCGCAGCUGUACGCAACGCAAUGGUUCCUCACCCUCUUCGCCUACCGCUUCCCCCUCCAACUCGUCCUGCGCGUGUACGAUCUCAUAUUCAGCCAAGGCCUGACCGCCAUCCUGAAAUUCGGGCUCGCGCUUAUGCAGCACAAUCGCGUCGCUCUGCUAGAAAUGAAAGACAUGAGCCAGCUCACCACCUUCCUCAAAGACAAGCUCUUCGACGCCUACAUCGACAAGAGCCCGUCGGCCUCGUCGCUGCUCGAAGGCGGCUUCUUUGGGUCGGUCAGCGGCGGCGCCGAUAAGGAAGUUUAUCGCGCCGACGAAAUGGUGCGCGACGCCUGUGACGUUGACAUCAGCGAUGCGGUGCUAGCUUCUUACACUGCCGAAUGGGAGGAGACGCAACGCCAGACGCAGGAGAGGGAGGCGGAGCUCGAGAACCUGCGUACGUCGAACGGCACGCUCUCCGCGCGCGUCAAAGUCCUCGAGGAGCGUACGGAGCAGCAGGACAACGACCACGUGAGCAUCGCAGGCGACGUGGUGCGGAUCAAGGUGGAGAACGACGGGCUGCUGGACGAGAAUGAAGAGUUGAAGGUGAAGGUGGAAGAGUUGCAGAAGCUGGUGGACUCGCAGCCCGCGGAGCUGGAGGCGAAGUUCAAGGAGGAGAUGGCGCGCGUGCUGGAGCGGAACAGUGAGGUGCAGAGUGAGAAUCGGGUGUUGAAGGAGGAGGUGGAAGAGAUGGAGAAGGCGUUGGUGGACAUCAAGUUGAAGCAUGCUCAGGCUCAACAGGAUCACGACGAACUCACGCGGAAAUGGAUGAAUGUGCAAGCUUUGUUGAAGAGUUGA